GUCAAAGGAAUCGGGGUCACACAUAAGAAUGAGUGUUUUUUGUGUUUUGUCUUCUUGGGCAGUGGGACUCCUGCUAGUAAAGAGAAGCAUAACAAAUGAAGUCCAUUUCUUUGGAAUCCUACAGUAGUACUGCUAAUAAAAAUAGAAAAUGAGAGAGUCAGAAAGUAAUGAGAAAAUGACUUAGGGGUAUAUCGACUCUGGCCAUUCGCAACAUAACAAUGUACUUGUACUUCGGUGUUUAAUAAUGUUUGGUGCUUCUCACUCCUUGCAGCUAUGUUUUCUUGACUGAUUGCACCAACGUUUUUCAUGAUAACUCACAGAUGUCACUGAAUUUUUCCUCAAGAUCACUUAAAUUUUCUUUAAACUUCCAUCACAUUCUUGAUCUCGGAAAAUUUUGUUUCUUUGGAUCGAUUUACAGGAAGUAGAUGAUUUGAUGAUGAGAAGGUUUCUCCGUGCACGCGAUCUCGACAUAGAGAAAGCUUCUUCUAUGUUCUUGAAACACCUGAAAUGGAAACGAACAUUCAUUCCAAACGGAUUGAUUUUGGCAUCGGAGAUCCCAAAUGACCUAGCACAGAACAAGAUGUUUAUGCAAGGAAUGGAUAAAAAGGGACGACCCAUCACUGUUGCUUUUGGUGGUAGGCAUUUCCACAACAAAGGCGGUCUAGACGAGUUCAAACGAUUUGUGGUUUUUGCUCUUGAAAAAUUAUGUGCAAGGAUGCCAACAGGACAGGAGAAGUUUGUUGUCAUCGGAGACCUCGAAGGUUGGGGAUAUUCUAACAGUGAUAUUCGUGCAUACCUUGGAGCUCUAACCAUUUUGCAGGAUUACUACCCCGAGAGACUAGGGAAAUUGCUUAUCGUCCAUGUGCCUUACAUAUUUAUGACAGUAUGGAAAAUUGUCUACCCUUUUAUCGACAACAAUACUAAGAAAAAGAUUGUGUUUGUGGAAAAUAAACGACUUAAAUCAACUCUGCUCCAAGACAUCGACGAGAGCCAGCUUCCAGAGAUUUAUGGAGGCAAAAUGGCAUUGGUUCCCAUCCAAGACAGCUAA